AAGGUCCAGACGUCUCUGCUCCACUUCCCUCUGUGGGCCAGGGCGUACCUCACCUCCCCUUCUCUCAUUCUCAACACUCUCCAGUUCUCUCUGCGCUGUCCUGAGCUUCUGCCCUUUCAUCCCCCGGCCGUCUCCAUUACGGUGGAUUCAUGCUCAGCUCUCGCCCUACUCGGUCGCCAUGCAGAACAACCACCAAAAGGAGCACCUCUAUAAGAUUCUUGUAAUAGGGGACCUCGGGGUCGGCAAGACCAGCAUCAUCAAGCGGUAUGUGCAUCACAACUUUAGCCCCAACUACCGAGCCACCAUCGGGGUGGACUUCGCACUUAAAGUCCUCAACUGGGACCAGGAGACGGUGCGCCUGCAGCUGUGGGACAUUGCAGGUCAGGAAAGGUUUGGCAACAUGACCCGUGUGUACUACCGCGAGGCCAUGGGCGCCUUCAUCGUGUUUGACGUCACGAGGCCCGCCUCCUUUGAGGCCAUCACCAAAUGGAAGGAGGACCUGGAUUCCAAACUGACACUUGCCAAUGGGAAACAUGUAGCCACUGUGCUUCUGGCUAAUAAAUGUGACCAGGGUCGGGACGUACUGACUAAUAAUGGAAUAAAGAUGGAGCAGUUCUGCCAGGACAACGGCUUUGUGGGGUGGUUUGAGACCUCUGCUAAGGAAAACAUCAACAUCGACGAAGCAGCAAACUGCUUGGUGAAACACAUCAUUGCCAGUGAGAAUGACAUGCUCCAGUCAGAAGUCCCCGACACCAUCACCCCCCAGUUAGAGAAGGACAAAGGGGGGACAUGCUCUUCUUGCUUCAGAUCCCAGUAACAGCCCCUGACAGUUGGAUGUCCUUUUGUAUCUCAUUACAACACAAAGUUGAGUUUGUCCGUGAGCAGGAGGCAGAGAGAGAACGACUUUGGCAAUUUUUUUUGAAGCAUGGGUGCCAAUUCUUUUCCCGCCUGGUAGCU